AUGAAGCUUCACUUUUUCGGUCCAAUAUCUUUCAGUUUUACAAGUAUAACAGAGGAUCCAGUAGAACUUGUUUUGAAUCCGUACUCAUGGACAACGUUAGCAAACAUAAUAUUUUUAGACGCUCCAGCCGGGACUGGUUUCUCAUACUCCACAACAGCAGUUGGCUACAACACUAGUGACACCAUUCAUGCAAAACGAGCUUCUGAGUUUCUUCAUAAGUGGCUUUCGACUCAUCGCAAGUUUCUUGCAAAUCCACUCUACAUUUCUGGUGAUUCGUACUCGGGCAAGAUUAUUCCGAUCAUUGUUCAAGAGAUAAUUAAUGGUAUUGAAGCUGGAACAGAGCUACCUUUGAAUAAUCUCAAAGGAUACGUAAUCGGCGAUCCAGUUACAAAUGAAAAAGAGGGUUUGAAUUCGAGAAUUGAAUUUGCCCAUCGCAUGGCGCUUAUAUCAAAUAGAAUGUAUGAGUCUACCAAAAGGAAUUGCAAGGGGGAAUACGUAGACGUGGAUCCGAACAAUCAACUCUGCCUCAACAAUCUUCAAGCUUUCAAGGAGUGCACUAGCAGACUUGACGAUAGUCAUAUAUUGGCACCUGCAUGCGUUCCUCGUAUCAAUCACAACGAACAAACCACAUUUGGGUGGGACUGGGACUCUGUUGAUGAUAAUUUCUUAAGCUUUCCCUUUCCUGAAAGUUUGUGUCGGGUGGAUAGGCUUCGGUAUUCUGUGGUUUGGGCAAAUGAUAUGAAAGUUCGUAAAGCUCUUAACAUUCGGGAGGGAACAAAAGAUGUUCAACGUGCUGUUGAAUAUCAUCGAAAUCUUAGCCAAAAAUCCCUUCGGGCUUUUGUCUACAGUGGGGAUCAUGACUUGAGCGUUCCCUAUGUAAGUACAGAAGCAUGGAUAGAAUCCUUGAGCUUGCCAAUUGAUGAUGAUUGGAAACCAUGGUUCUCUAACAAUCAAGUUGCAGGAUACACUGUUAGGUAUUCGAAUGGAGAGUAUCAUUUGACAUAUGCGACUAUAAAGGGAGGAGGUCAUACAGCUCCGGAGUUUAAUCCAAGAGAAUGCUUUGAUAUGAUCAAACGGUGGCUAGAGCAUUCUCCUCUUUAA